CCCGCCCGUGGCUCCGGCGGCAUCUCGGCCCCUUUCUGCUGAUGUCACGGCGCGGGGCCCCGCAGCCGCCUUCCCCGGGCGGGAAUCCCUUCCCUGGAUCCUCCUCUCUCGCCUCUUCCCUCCCCGGCGCCGCCGGCUGGAGCGGAGCCCGGAGCCUCGGCCACCCGACACACGGAUGCCCCGGCAGGGUCUGUCCAUGGAUGCCAGCAAGAAGGUGGAUCUGAAGAUAAUCAUCAUCGGAGCACUGGGUGUGGGCAAAACCUCCCUCCUGCACCAGUACGUGCACAAGAUGUUUUAUGAGGACUACCGCACCACGCUGGGCGCCAGCAUCCUCACCAAGGUCCUCGAGGUGGACAACACCUCCCUGAAGCUGCAGAUCUGGGACACAGGGGGACAGGAGCGAUUCCGAUCCAUGGUGUCCACCUUUUACAAAGGCUCAGACGGCUGCAUGCUGGCUUUUGACGUGACAGACAGGGAGUCCUUUGAGUCCCUGGACAACUGGAGAGAUGAUUUUCUGGAGAAGGUGAUUCCAAGGGAGCAAGAUUUCCCCAUGGUCGUGCUUGGGAACAAAAUAGACCUCUGCGAUCGGCAGGUACCCAAGGAGAUGGCCUCAGCCUGGUGCAAGGAGAAGGACAUCCCUUACUUUGAAGUCAGCGCCAAGAACAACAUCAACGUCGCGGAGGCUUUCGAGACCCUGGCAAAGCAGGCGCUGGCAACGUACAAAGGGAUCUUUGAGAGUUAUUUAACUGACUCCAUCAAACUCACUCCCAGCGACAAGCCCAAGAAGAGCUGCUGCUGACCCCGGCCUGCCCUGUGCAAGCACAGCCCAGGCAGGCUGCACCCCACGAUGCCCGUGGCCAUCCCGGCCUCGGAGGACCCCAUCCAGUCACCACUCAACACACUGGGACCAGCUGCUUGUGCAUCCCAGGACUUGCUGCUUCCCACCUCUCCGCACCUGCUCUCCCAACGUUCCCCUUGAUCCGCUGGCACCCGAGCGGGUGAUCCCCCUGUGGUGACAGUGCCAGGGAGCUGGGCACUGCUCCGAUGCCUUUCCAUGGCCCUGCAGGUCACCCUGCCCAGCGCAUGGAAUGGUGGCCCCACGGCAUGCACAGCGCUCACGGUGUGUCCUGCGGGGAGAAGUGGGGCUGGUGACCACGGCGCAGGUCUGAGCCCAGCCAGGUCCCCUCCUGAGGUCAGCCACUGCGGAUGCAACCACUGCGUGCCUCAGUUUCCCCUGCUCCCAUGCACAAGCCCUGUCAGUCACCUCCCGCCUCACUGGUGAGGAUCCUCAGAAAAGCACUUUGUCAGGGAUUCUUUUUUUUAAGGAAAGGAAAUUAAAUCGUUCAUUUUUAUUUCUA